AAUAAUAAUAAUAAUAAGUAAAGUAAUUAAAAAAUAAAAUAGGAAAAAACAUAUCUGCCACUGAGAUAAGAGUUUCAUGGGAUCAGCAAAGGCCCUUUAAGCUUGGUCUAAACCUGGAGCGGAUUCAUUGCCCUACUAAAAAUAAAAUCCUGAGUUUAUCCGGGACGUGUAGUUUGACACACACAUGCGUGUACAUGCACGCCUAUGUGUUUGGCAAUGGCUUACAAUGAAUUAUACAUGUCGGCCAAUUAAAACUGCUUAUCCGGCGCUCAACACAUCUUUAAUAUACGCCUCCAGAAGGCGAAUGAGCUUCAAUUGACAAGCAAGGCAGAAGCGGAAAUGGCGAAGCAGGUUGCACUGAGCAAGCGAUGCUAUCGGAAGGUUUUCUUGCCAAGGGUUAUGCUUCCCUUCCAUGUUGGGUCGAGAGUGUCAUGUGGCGGCCCAAAAGGCCAAUGCGAUCGGAAUAUUUUGAGAUUGAGGGAAGUCCGGGUCCCACUUCUCACCCGGAAUAACCCCAUGUCCAGUUCUGGGCAAAGCCGUUCAAAUUGGAAAGGCAACCAAAAUGACGGGGUUUGGUUUCCAGCGAAAUAGGAAGAACAAGCUACCCAUCUGUCCCUACUUCCAGGAGGUGUUUAAUGGGAGAGGUGUCCUGAACUAAUCAUUAAUAUCUCUGUUAUUACAGAUAAUAUCAAGGCCUCGGAAGUGAGGCGACUGGUUCCAUGGAGGUGCCCAUCUGAAUCACAAAGACCGGCAGUUUGAAAGAUAAACAAUGUGUUGUCGAAGGCUUUUGUGGCCGGAAUCACUGGGUUGCUGUGAGUUUUCUGGGCUGUGUGGCCAUGUUCCAGUACCGUUCUCUCCUGCCACAGAUGUGGGCAAAAGGUCAGGAGAUAAUACUUUUGGAACAUAGCCAUAGAGCCCAAAAAAAACUCAGCCUCUUAAGCAGCUGAGGGGGGAAAGGAAAGGAUCCGAGGCUGUUAGGAAUUGUGGGAGUUGUAGUCCAAAACACCUGGAGGGCUGAAGUUUGCCCAGAAUAGGUAAAGGUUUCCCCUGACGUUAAGUCCAGUCAUGUCUGACUCUGGGGGUUGGUGCUCAUCUCCAUUUCUAAGCUGAAGAGCCGGCGUUGUCCGUAGACACCUACAAGGUCAUGUGGCCAUAGGCAUGACUGCAUGGAGCAGUGUUACCUUCCCGCCGGAGCGGUACCUAUUAAUCUACUCACUUUCUGCUCUCUCAAAUGACCUGCAGACAAGCAAGAAAUAUCUACAGGAAAGCACGGGGCUCCUGAGCACUUUGGCAAAAAUAAUUAAAGUUGAGGUGCUAGAAGGCCGGAGUUACAGUGAUGCCCCUAAAAUGUCGAUGGCUUCAAACACUUCAGUCGCCACUGGACAGGGUCCAGCUACUCCUCACCCCAGGGAUAUAAAAACAAUACCAACAAAAGUGGAUAAAACCAAGCUCUCUACAGAAACAGACAUCCACAAGGGCAUGGCAAAAGGUAUAAAUACUAAAAAGGAGGCGAAACAAAAAACCACAAGUACUCAGCCAAGACAAUCUAGGAAUUACAAACGAGGCUUAAAGAAAUUAUUUGCACUAAUCCCAUCCUCAAAACCCACUGCAAUGAGUAGGAGGAAAAGUAAAAAAAAGUACCUCGAAACUAAGAAACAGCGCCUCUGGACAAGGCAAAGUAGACAGCUCCAGACCAGCAAAUCCAGGGUACCAAAAGAUCAACAUGGCAACACAAACCCACUGGAUUAACCAGGAAAUCAUCGGGAAGGGGGCGAAGGAGAAUAUGUCCCCGGAAAAGACAGAGACAGCUGACGGAUCCACAUUACCCAUAACAAAACAGCAAAACUGUGAACAAAUUUUCAAUGGCAAAGGACAUCUUAUUGAAAACUGGAAUUUGGUUCUUGACCCAAAAAAGCUGGUGUUUAUCAAAGUCCCCAAACCAGGAAAGCUGGCCGGUUUGGAAGACAGCAAAACUCAUGUGCUAGGGCUUUUGGAAAAAGUCUUACCAGGGGGGCUGUUUCUUUCUGACAUAGAUACGGCUGAAUAUUUAGAUAAUGAUCCAAAGCAUGUAGAUGUUAUAGUCUCCCUUGUUGACCCUAAUAUAGCCAAAUUUGUUAUAAGAACCAGAGACCUUUUUCUAAAACAAGGCAUGGUCAUUACAAGAUUUUACUCACACUGGCAUGUUUUCAAACUGUUCACGCUGCUCCUGGGGCUUGAACUUGUUCAAGUUCAGCUUUAACACACUUCGCCACUGGGGCCCAGAAUAGAAAGCCCAAAUUAACAAAAUGAACACCAACAGAGAGAAAUAUAUGGUACAUGAAAUAUACGGAUAUAGGAUGGGAAAGACCGGGCUUAAAGACAGUCCAUGUGAAAGGGAGCCAGGAGGCUGAGUAAACCACAAACCAGACAUGAGCCAAGACUGUGAGGCUGCAGCUAAAAAGGCCAAUACGAUUCUAGGCUGCAUCUAGAGGAGGAUAGUAUCCAGAAUGAGGGAAGUCAUCUGCAAAUCUGAUCGGCCCGCUCUUCUAGGACCCAGAACUCGCAGGAUGACUCCUUCCGCCAUGCCGACUUUCCUUUGUCCGGCUCUCGGCAUUGUUUGGUGCGAGACACCUGGUCCUGGACAAACAGCAGAGCCACAAACACACAGGUGGCUUUUGUGGCCAGAAUGACCUCAUCUGGUUUGAAUCAAGGGUUCGGACCAAGCCCAGCGUUAAGAGGCUCUGUCCAUUGUUUUGGGGAGUUUUGUGGCAUCCGACGCAAGAACAGACGGUGGAGAUUGUUCCCAGCUUGUGUUUGCAUCUUCCUCACUCGGAUCAAGGUAAGGUCUUCUCUGAACUCUUGUGUCCGCUCUCGGUUUUGGUCCAAACUUUAAAUUCCCUGUCCAAUGCCCUUUGGAGGGCAGAUAGGGGACAGGUUCGUUGAUGUCCCCUUUAACAUUAGAAUCUGGAACAGGUUCUCACCAAUUUAAGAGACUCCAGCCAACGCUAGACCAUCUAGAGAUGUGAUUGGGUGCCUUUAAGGUAUUUAGACCUCUGAUUUUUUCAGGGUAAUGCCUUAUUAUUCUAGGGGGACUGUGGAUACAUUUGCGUUUCUAAUUAGAAAUCUCUUAAUUUACUGUGCUUCAAAGGCUGACUUUGGACAUUUCUUUCCAGAAAUGCCUACCUCAGUGUGUUGUCUUUCAGUGCUGCUUCAUCUCAGCCAAAUCCUUCUUCUGGACAGAUCUCCCGGUGCUCUCCUUCGCAGAUGGCGCAGGUCUAUUACCAAAAGCCGAAGCAAAGGUCCCUGCGGUGUUGCUUCUGCUGCAUUGAAGCCUUCAGUGGGUUCCUUCUCCUGAUGUUGGUUGCCACCACAAUCACGUUGCUGCGGUAUUUCCUAGAGUUCUCCAGUCUCACGUUCAGAUACAGUGGGCAAACUCAGGUCUCAAUAGGCCCAACCCAACAACCCAACGGAAGCUUUGCGAGGACUUUGGCUCAAACUAUGAAUGCGUCAGUAUCCCAUCAAAUGGAACACCACACAUCAACGGUACCACAGAAUUCGUCUCAGAGUAAAAACAAUGCUCCUCCAUGGCAGCCAAAGCCACCUCUGCCUUUGUCGCCUCCUGAUGAGGGCUGGAAACCAACAUCUCCGAGUACAACAUUGAGACAAAGUUCUCCAACAUGGUUGACCACCACAAGAGCAUGGGAAUCGUCUCAAUCCUCCUUGGCUGCCCCAUCUUUUCUAUCACGAUCAACCCAAGUAUCCCGUUCCACAUUGUCGCCAAACAAGGUGACCAUGGACACCAAAUGGAUGUCUUCAAGACAAACUUCUUCACCUCUGUUGACCACCACGACAGGAUGGAAAUCACCACAUUUCUCCUCGGCCGCUUCAUCUUUUCUACCACGGUCAACUCAAGUCUCUCGUUCUAUGGUGUCUCAGCACAAGAUGAUCACAAACACAUAUUCUGGUUGGACAACUUCACCCAUCAAGAUGAGCUCAAUAGACCCAACUAUUACAUCUCUACACUCAAUUAAAGCAUUGAGACAAAGUUCUCCAACAUGGUUGAUUACCACAAGAGCAUCGAUAUCAUCUCGAUCCUCUUCGGCUUCCCCAUCUUCUCCACCAUUGUCAACCCAAGUCUCUCGUUCUAUGGUGUCUCAGCACAAGAUGACCACAAACACAUCUUCUGGUUGGGCAACUUCACCCAUCAAGUGGAGCUCAAUGGACCCAGCUAUUACAUCUCUACACCCAACUAAAGCAUUGAGACAAAGUUCUCCAACAUGGUUGACUACCACAAGAACAUGGAUAUCAUCUCGAUCCUCUUCGGCUUCCCCAUCUUCUCCACCAUGGUCAACCCAAGUCUCUCGUUCUAUGGUGUCUCAGCAUAAAAUAACCACCAACACAUCUUCUGGUUGGGCAACUUCACCCAUCAAGUUGAGCUCAAUGGACCCAGCUGUUACAUCUCUACACUCAACUAAAGCAUUGAGACAAAAUUCUCCAACAUGGGUGACGACCACAAGAGCAUGGGCCUUGUCUCAAUCAUCCUUGGCCACUUCAUCUUUUUCUCCAUGGUCAACCCAAGUAUCUCGCUCCACAGUGUCUUCCAAAAAGCUGACCAUGGACACUAAAUGGAUGUCUUCAAGUCAAACUUCUUCACCUGUGUUGGCCACCACGGCAGGAUGGAAAUUGUCUCGAUUCUCCUUGGCCGCCUCAUCUUUUCUUCCAUUGUCAACUGAAGUGUCCCCACAGAAGAUGGCCUCAAGCACAGAACGGACAUCUUCUGGUUGGGCACAUUCACCGAUGAAACUGACUCUUUUCUUUCCAAACUCAACUGUAACAUCUUUGAGCCCAACUAAAGCAUCGAGACAACGUUCUCCGCCAUCACGGGCUGCCACAACCAAACGGAAAUCAUCUAGAUCAUUCUCAGCUUUCCUACCAUGGUCAACUCACGUCUCUCAUUUCACAGUGUCUCCAGAAAAGCUAGUCAUGGAUACUGAAUUGACAUCUUUAAGCCGAGCUUCUUCACCGUUGUUGCCCACCAAAACAGGAUGGAAAUCAUCUUGCUCCCCCUCGGCCAACUCAUCUCUUUCAAAAUGGCCAACCCAAAUUGCUCGUUCCACAUUUUCUCCACAGCAGCAGACCACAGACACAGAACAGGUAUCUUCUAGUUGGGCAACUUUGGCUAUUAGGUCAAGUUUUGUCUCUUCACCCACAACUAUUAAACAGAUGCCUCCAAAAAGUCCAGUUGCUGAAUGGAGUUCUUCCUCUCGGCUGCCUACAGUUUUCAAACGCAUAAAACCACCUUCUCCAGGGAACCUUGCAGUGGUUUCUCCCAAUGUGAUGUCUCCUCGUGUCGAAACAGCUCUACUUGAUGGGAAUGAAACCAGCCAAUACUUCCAGGGCUCCUUUCACCUUCUGAAUGAAGUCUUCCAUUCAAGUUACAGCAACCAGACCUCCGAGAGUUUCAGGAGGGAGGCCUUGAAGCUGGAGAAUAUGAUUGAUGACGCCUUUCCAAAGAGUGCCUUGAAACCGCAGUACCGGAAAUCAUUUGUCCAGGGAUUGGAGCCCGGGCCUUUCAGAGCCAAAUUCCUCCUGAAAUUCAGCAACAAAAUCCAUGACUCAAAGCUCCGGCCUGAGUUUGUGGCUCAAGAAAUGAUCCAUGGCUUUCAGGAAGCUCGGGACAAAGUCGCAGUGGAUGUAAACAGUGUGAAAAUAAAAGAUUAUAAGGACUUGUGCCUGGUGAGGCCAACAUCCUUGCUGUCGGUCAUUACUGGCGUAAUUCGCAAGCCCAGCAGCCCCAAGGACUGGCCGUUUGUGGUCCGGCUGAUGGAAGACGGGGUCCCCGUUUGCGACGGAAGCCUUAUUGCGGAGAACUGGGUGCUGACCGCCGGGAAAUGCGUAGCGCCCGGCAACUUUUCCUUAUACACCGUAAAGCUUGCUCUGCAUUCAAAAGAUGCUUCUUUGGAACAGUCACAUUCAGUUGCCAAGAUAGUUCAUUCCUCGGGAACACCAAUGGAUUUUGCACUGAUCCAACUGGCCGAAUCAGCGCCCACCGCUACUUCCGCUCAACCCGUUUGCCUUCCUGACCCUUCUUAUGUCGCAUCUCCUGGAACUGAAUGUUGGGCUCUUGGAUCGGAGGAAAAUCACGCCGCAAAGCCAGAAGUCCUUCGGUGGACUGUAACUUCCCAAACUGGGUGCCACUUUGCUUCCUCCUCGGACUCAACGUGUGCGGAAACAGCUGAACUCAAGGAACCCCUCCAGAUGAUUGCAGGGGGACCCUUUCUUUGCCUGGGAGAGAAUCAACAGGUUUACUUGGAAGGGAUCCUUCCAGCCUCUGGGGAAAGCCAGGAGGAGCCAAAGGUGAAAAUUAAGGAUCGGUUGGCUGCUUUCCCUCGAGUUGCGCCAUUGGUUUCAUGGAUCAAGUCCCAGCUUUUCCCUUAAAAAGCAGCUGGAGAUGGGACUGGUGGAAGGGAGCCCUCGGGGAUGAAGGUUUGCAUGGGGAUGUAUCUGUGCAUUUCCUUUGUAAAACAACUACUAGUGGCUUAGUCCCCUUAGUCCCAGCUCCAUAAAGGACACAAUUUUUGUAAAACUGGAAAUCUGGGGCAGGGUGUCUUAUGCUUCAAAGUGCACAGUGUGUUUUCACCUGGUAUUUCCACAUCCUAAAAUAAUCUGGGAUAUAAUUCUGCAUAGAAAUACGUGCAAUACAAAUACGUAUCUGGACUUUACAUGGAUACGCAAAAUCUCAGAUAAUAGCAAACCAUAAAGGCCUUCCAGCCCAAGAAUACCUACCAUAAGGUUGCACUGGAGGAGCAAGAAAAUGCUUAGUUUGGAUAUAUUUUGUCUGAUGUAGAUAAACAAAAGUGCAAAUACUAGCCCCAUGUGUAUGUAUCACUUAAAGUAAUAAAAAUCUG